AUGCCUCACCUGCGGACACACAUCUACAAUCGGGGCCGAGAGGUAGAUUUCCCUAUGGUUAUCGUCAUAAUUAAAUACUUACAUGUUCACAGAGACCCCCAGGUUCGCUCCCUCCUCCACAACCCUCUCUUUCUCCUCGGCCUGAGAGUUCCCCAUCUACACUCCCUCCUACAUAACCCUUCAUCUCUUCUCGAACCUGAGAGGCUUCCGGCGCUGAGCGAAGACGAGCCUAGCCUUGUUGAUCCCGAUGCUCCCUAUCUUCCAACAGUCGAUCUUCCCUCGGAACAUUCAGGCGAGCAUAGCGACGGGUUAGAAUAUACACACAAUCCCGGCCCUGGGCCAGAGCGACGCGGCCGCCUUUCAGCUUCCACGGUUGAAUCUAGAAGAGCAGGAACUAUACCCGAAGCGGGCAAUCCCGAUGCCAUUCCCGAAGAUGCUCUUUCCCUCCGCGAAAUGACCGACUACUGGAACUAG